GUUGACGGCACACUCUCACAUCCGCCUUUGACGCAUCCUUCAGCAUCCUUCUAGAGUCGUACCUCCCUUGACCCUUGCGGGGUAACGGACAAUAUGGACAACUCCCCGACUGCGCUAUUUGACUCAUAUGAGCAGGAUUUCAGACAAAUCAUUGACAGCAUUCGCUCAAAACUUGAUGGAGAAGGCAAGGAUGAGCGUGGUGAACAGCGUAGAGCAGCACUCAGAAGAGUGGAAAUGGAGCUGGAUGAGGCCGACGAAAUGAUAUCGCAAAUGGAGAUAGAAAUCAUGGGUAUACCCCAGUCCAUAAAGCCACAGUACCAAAACCGCCUCAAAACCGCCAAGGGAGACCUAGUGCGCUUCAAGAAACUUUCCAAGGAUAUUCAUUCUCAAGUAUCCAGAGCGGAACUUCUUUCAUCCGGCAGAGUAGGCACACCCACAUCAGACGAGCCCUAUGGACCCACCAGUGAUCGUACUCGCCUGCUUACGGGGACAGCUACUCUCGAGGAUGGUACGAGACGGCUACAAGAAUCACAGCGCAUUGCUCUGGAGACGGAGGACCAAGGUGCUGAGAUAUUGAUGAAUCUCAGAACGCAGCGAGAGCAAAUCGAGAAUUCCAGAGAUACCCUUCGCACCGCUGAUACUGCUAUUGACCGAGCCUCAGGCACCUUGAAGAAGAUGAUUAGACGGAUGUACCAACAACGUGUCGUCACCGCUGCUAUCAUUGUCGUCCUAGUCCUGCUAAUCGCAAUCAUUCUAUGGGAAAAAGUUUUCCGGUAGAGAGGUGUUUAAUUAUGGUUCUUGCAUUUCCCGCUUUUUUUUAUAUGCCUUGAGACAUUGUAUUUAUGCAUACUGUAUAUCCUCAGGCUUCGUUCUGGUG